AUGGAGCAUGAAUCAAAGCACUGCAAUGCAUGCAGUCAAGGAAAACAGACCCGAGCAUGGAUGAGCCAAUCAGAGUGGAAGAGAGCAGAGGCACCACUAGAGUUAGUACAUGUAGACUUGAUGACAGAUCUUAAGGGCCAUGCCAACUACCACUAUGCACUAGUUGCUGUGGACGACUUCUCCUCCCUGAUCUAUGUGGAACCACUCUGCACUAAGAGUGCUGCACUCCUGGCACUGAGAAGGUGGAUCACCAGGAUGGAACGAGCAACAGACAGGAAACUCAAAACGCUCCACAGCGACAAUGGAGGAGAGUGGUGCAGCUUAGGAGCUGAAGACUGGCAAACUCAAGAGGGUUUCAAGUGGCAAAAGAGCAUCCUGGGGAUCAGUGUCCAGAAUGGACAGGCAGAGAGAGCGAUCAGAUCGGUCCAAGAAAAGAUGUGCUCAAUGCUCAUUGCCACCAAGACCAUCCCCCAUGAGGCCUUUUAUGGAACCACUGCACACAAGCUGGCCCAGCAGCUGCAAGUCUUCGGAUGCUUGGCAUGGGUCCAUGUUCAAUGGAAGGACCAGCAGGGCAAGUAUGGGGCUAGAGCAAAGCCAGCCAUCAUGAUUGGAUAUGAUGAUGAGCACAAAGUGUGGAAGUUUUGCAACCCAGACCAGCCUGCAUCAAUCCAAUGGAGCAACUCAGCAACAUUCCAUGAGGACAAAGGAUGGAGUGAUUGCCAACAGGAGGCAGUCUGGCCCGUGGUGACCUCAGAGGUUGAGGAGGAGGGUGUCACACCAGCCAUAGUGGAGGAUCUCCUACCAGCUGUAGACAGCACAGUAGGCGCCACCAACACAGCAGUACUGAACCUGGACCCAACACUUGGGGAAGCAAUAAAUGGUGAGGAUGCCCAGCUCUGGAAGGAGGCAAUAUGA